AUGCAAACGUUCACCAACAUAUCAAGAAUGUUUGUCAACACUGUACGGCUGACUUAUAUCUGCGCAAGUGAUGAGAUGAUGCUACUUGAGCACUGGAUUCCUGAUCACUGCCGGCGACUGACCAAAAUCAAAAAACUCUUGAACGAACCCCUUUGGAAAGCGGCCCUUCUUGGGGGCAAUAAAUACGAAAAACCGACUCGAAAAGCGAUAAAAAUGGUCCACGACCUCGAAAAAACACUCCACAUCCACUACAGAGUAGCCGUUGAACGAUACUAUUUCACAUCCAUAGACACUCCUUUCGACUAG